UCACUCACUGUUGUCCCAGUGUCAUGGUCCCUGACAUCCUGGAUAAGCUCUCAGGGCUGCUGCGUUCACUCACCUCCUCUACCAGCUGAGUGAUGGUCUGUGUGGGAACAGAUGAUACCUGCUCAUCAGCAUCAGAGUUGACCAGAUAGGAUUUUGACCAGCUUUUUUUUCCUAUCCCCACACUGGCCUGUGGAGCAGGAUAUUUUUGCAGAAAUCUCCACUGCUGGCUCCUGACAAGCUCACAAUAUAAGAAAGUCCUUAGACCUUUGAAUUUCUUUAUGAUCUGUUUAGUUAAACAUUUAUCAAGUCAUAUCUUUAUUUUUGUCAAAAUGCCUUUAGUCACUUACAGCCAUGACUAUUUUAGUUCCUACUUCAAGCAUCCACUUCUCUGUGAAAACAAUAUGAAGUUGUUAUUUAUUUGUGUGAAUCUCUUCACAGUAAUAUCAUUACUUUCUCUCAGUUCUAGCUUAUAAUUGAACCAGUGACUGCGCAGGAGCUUCUCAGUUUCUUUCUUUUGGCUCAUGUGUCACAGAUUUCCCCUUUACCGCUCUUUGCAUUUUCACCAUUGCUCACACACCUGAUCUGAAUGUAUCGUGCUGUUUGCUUGGUUUUGUGAUUGUAAAUCCAGCAUGACACAUUUUAAAAACCACACCUUUUCAGCACUCAGUUGAGCGCUGAGAUAAGGAACCUGCGCAGUUUGCCUCGCACCAGAGACGAUGUUCUCCUCCUGGUUUGGAUAAAGACUUGAAAACAACCAACCUGCCUUUCAAAAUGACUUCCAGAGGAAAACCUUUGACAGCUGCAUCUCUGUUGAUACUUUUGAUGAAAGUCUUCAGUGGAAACAGUCUGACAUGUCAUCCAGCAGAGUAUCAGACAGGGAAUGAAUGCUGUCCCAUGUGUCCACCUGGAAGUUGUGUUAAAACCAAUUGUACAGAGUUCAGAAGUACGUCCUGUCUGCCCUGCUUAGAGGGAACCUACAUGAAUCAACCUACUGAACGUACACAGUGUUUUCCCUGCACAAACUGUGACGCAGGUUCUGGUCUGAAGAUAAAGACUUCAUGUACAUCAACAUCAGAUACAGUUUGUGAACCACUGGAAGGAUUCUACUGUAUGGACGUCAAAGACAAAUGCUGUAUGGCAGCACAGAGACACAAACACUGUGAACCAGGACAAUACAUCAGUAAAAAAGGAACAGCCUCCACAGACACUGAGUGCUCUGACUGCACUGAUGGAACAUUUUCAAAUGGGACAUUUACAUCUUGUCAGCCACACACACAAUGUGAAUCAGUAAACCUUCAGCUGAUCAGACCAGGAACUGCUACAACUGAUGCUCAAUGUGGACACAGUUCAAACACGACAGUGACUGUGAUCAGCAUUGUAGUGCCUAUAGUGUUAUUAAUUUGCAUAUCUUUACCUAUAGUUUACAUUGUCAGAAAGAAGAGAAAAAGUCUAACAGACAACAAAGGAAAUACAAGAACUUCCACACAGGAAAAAGAAUACAGAGAUGGAAGAGAAGAACACUCCAUAAUAUGAACAGCAGCAGGAUCAGAGACAACCUGGAGAUAACAG